AUGGAAGAACAGAGGGAUAAAUCGGCCAGCGGCUUUGAAAUGCACAAGGUACUCGGGCCCUUCGACCUCAUUAUGCUGGGCAUCGGUUGCAUUAUCGGCGCUGGCGUGUUUGUGCUAACCGGCGUGGCUGCCGCCAAAUAUUCGGGCCCUGGUGUGGUGCUUUCCUAUGGGUUGUCCGCGCUGACAGCGAUGCUGACGGCCUUUUGCUACGCUGAGUACGCCGCGGAGUUGCCGGUAGCUGGUGGGGCCUUCAACUACAUCAGCAUGACGUACGGCGAGUUUGCCGCCUGGGUCACCGCAUGUGACCUCAUCCUCGAGUACACCCUGUCGGCUGCGGCGGUGGCCAAGGGCUUCACUUCCUACACAGCAGCGCUGAUCGGCGUCAAUGUCAAGUACCUGCGGCUCCAGGCCUCGGUGUUCACCCUCGACCUGCCGGCAGCAGCCGCUGUAGUGGCCAUGUCCUUCAUCCUCAUGCGUUCAACGGCGGAGUCCUCGGUCUUCAACGUCAUCGUGUCGGGGCUCAACGUGGUGCUCAUCUUGUUCGUCUUGGGCGCGGGCUUCCCCCACGUGAACUCGGACAACUACUCGGACUUCAUGCCGUUUGGCCUGCGCGGCGUCUUCACAGGCGCGUCGGUGGUGUUUUUCUCAUUCAUCGGAUUCGACACGGUGGCCACUGCGGCCGAGGAGGUCAAGAACCCGGGUCGGGACCUGCCCAUUGGAAUUGUGGGCUCCCUGUCCAUCUGUACGGUGUUGUACGUGGCCAUGUGCCUGGUGAUUACCGGCAUGGAGAGCUACAAGACGAUAGACCUGAAUGCGCCCUUCGCGGUGGCGUUCUCCAAAGUGGGGUGGAGCUGGGCCCAGCGGGUGGUGGCCGCGGGGGCGCUCACCGGCAUCAUCACCAGCCUGCUGGGCUCCCUGCUGGGGCAGGCGAGGAUCUACGUGACGCUGGGAAGGCAGGCGCUGGCGCCGGCGUGGCUGGCCCGAGUGCACCCAGUUCGCGGCACCCCCGGCAACGCCACCAUAAUUACUAUGUUCACGGCCGGCUUCCUGGCGCUCUUCAUCGACAUUGAGCUCCUGGCUGAGCUGGUGUCCAUCGGCACGUUGGUGGUGUUUUGCUCGGUGUGCUCGGGGGUGCUGUUUCGGCGCUACCACGUGCAUGGCUCGGGGGAGUCGCUGCGGCCGCUGGCGUGGCGGCUGGGUGGCAUUGUGCUCAGCUCCGUAGGCUUUUCGGUAGCGUUUACGGAGGAGGCGCCCAUAGCCGUGUAUGUCUGGUUCGCCUUACCCUGCCCCCGCUUCUCUCUCCCCACCUCCUCCCCUGCUCUUCAGGUGUUCCGCUGCCCCGGCUCUCCCUUCCUGCCCUCCCUGGGAAUGCUGGCAACCCUGCACCUGAUUGGCUCGCUCGGCUGGCCCGCCUACGUGAGGUGGAUUGUGUGGUUCGUCCUGGGCACCUCCGUGUACCUGUGCUACGGAGUGCACAAGGCGCAGGUGCGGAGCGGGAGAGGACAGCGGGGACCCGGGGGGCGAUGA